AUUCAAAAAAUUGAAUUCAGCAUGCCAUGCCAGGCCAAAGAUAUUUUUUUCAUUUGGAUCAAUUCUCUCUCUCAGCCUCAUAAGCUCAGCACAUCUAGCUAGCAAUCUCCUUUCACACGUCUGCAAUAACUUACCGGUAUUGGUGACCAGGUUGGAAAGGUUUUAUUAGUUCGGUAUCGUGUGUCUCACUGUCAGUCACUUCUAUUCGUAAAAUAAGAAUAUUCAUUAGUUGUGAAAAUUCACAAGAAUGGAAUACGUUACCGUUUACUGUGGCUCGCAGGUACCUCGCAAUGAAAAGUUCCAACGGGAGGCUAAAGCAUUCGGCACUCUCUUGGCAUCCAAGAACUUGACGCUGGUGUUUGGAGGCUGUCGGCUGGGCCUUAUGGGCGAGCUCUCAGCGGGAGUGGAAGCCGAGAAUGGGCGUAUUAUUGGCAUAACAAUACCCAAAUUUGAAGCCAACAAGAAAGAGGAAUACCGAGCCAAGAAGUCCUGGGAAGUCUAUGUGGAGAAAAAUCUGUCAGACAGAAGACGCAAAAUGAUGAUCCUGGGCGAUGCGUUUGUGGCGCUGCCCGGUGGGUUCGGCACCCUGGACGAACUGACUGAAGUCCUAGUCGAAGCGGCUCUAAGCAUGCAUCAGAAGCCGAUUGGUAUCCUCAAUUGUGACGACUACUUUGGACAUAUACUGGCUUGGCGGAAGAAAGCUAAAGAGGAGGGCUUGGACGACCCGGAACGGGCAGAGAGAGUUGACAGACUGCUUGUCGUCAAGGACAAUGCCGCCGACCUUCUCGAUGGACUUUUCAGCAAAUGGGAUGAAAUCAAUGCACAACAGUGAUAUGCCGGCGUGCCAUAGUGUUUCGAAUUCCCUAUGAGAGCAUUGUGUGGCCGUCAGUGCUCCCUGUGCGUACGAGAGCACUGUGUGUAUGUCAGUGCCCUGAACAUGUAUGUAUCCAGUGAGAAGUGUGUGUAUGUCAGUGAUGUCAGUGCCCUGAACAUGUAUGUACCCAGUCAGUGCCUUCUCUCCCGGUGCGGUCAAUAAGCUGUGCUUGAUUCAUGUGGCUGCAGCACAUGUGCACCGUUGGACUAGAUGGCCAUGGUGCUGGAAUCACUGGCACGCUAUUCUAAUUCCCUGCAUGCCCUGCAAUCAUGCCGUCCAUGCAGGAUUUGUGCAAUGUUUCCGUUCAAGGUAGCCGUCUGGUCUGUCGCAUUGGCAAUAACAGUGGCUGUCGUACUGUGAAUUGUCCUUUUAUUCUCAUCCCGCUGCUGGGUUUUCAUGCAAGUUGGUAUGUGAGUGUGAGUGUGUGUUACGAUUUUUUUCUUACCACACGUCAUAACUUGUGCAUGCAAAGCAGUCUAUUUUAUAGUAUUUUUAACUUACUAUUUUUUAACACAUUCAUCUUCGCGGAUGUCAGUGGGGCUUUGCAGGCUGCGUUCUGAUGCUGUUGACUCCUUCUAGCUGUAACCACUGCUGCUUUCCUAUCAUUUCUUUUCUUCAUGGGAUAGUAGUAACUUACCGCUUCACCACUAUGUGACAUUUCUACUUUGGUAUCUCUGUUAGUUAGAUAGUAUUGGACUGUGUGUACGUGAAGCAACCUUCAAGAUCCACACACCAGCCAACACUUAUUUGAUUCCAGGUGUGUUUUUUUCAUUGUCUUUGCCUCAAGCUCAACUGAUGAGGGGUGAAUUCCCCGAAACACUGUG